AUGCUUGGCAUCCCAGAGAGCAACAGAGUCUGGCUUCAUUCUGGCGUUACUCAUGUUCUGCUGUGUCUCUCCAACGGAGACAGAACGGCGACAUGUGCAAUGCAGAAGCAGCCGUAUCCAGAUCAUCCAGAGAGAUUUGAAUCAGUCCAACAAGUGCUGUCUAGAGAGAGUCUGUCUGGCCGCUGUUACUGGGAGGCCGAAUGGACUGGUCCGGAGGGGACGGUCGGGGUGACGUACAAAACCAUCCUGAGGAAAAGUGAUGAUCUUUGUAUAGUAGAGGCCACCGGGCAGCUUGGAAACAAUAGUGUGUCAUGGAAAAUUACCUGUGCAUCUUUCCCAUAUGUUUCUCACGCUGAAGACUACAUUGCUAUAAAGGCUUCAUCCUCUUGUUCAUCUAAAAGAGUGGGUGUGUAUGUGGACACGACGGCUGGUGUUCUGUCCUUCUACCGCGUCUCUGACACACUCACACACUUGUACACCUUCCUCGCGGCUUUUGAAGAUCCUCUCUAUGCGGCCUUCAAGGUGGACGGGGACUCUGUGUCCUUUUGUCAGAUUUAACCUGAAAGCCUCUUUAUCUUACCAUUUAUGUGCACAUUUAUUGCCAUCUUGUUUUACUCUGUGUGACUGAG